AUUGUUUCACGCAGGAAGCGGGCUCCAUUUUAGCGCCGCCCGCCGUCGCCAUCUGUUUCCCUUCCCUCCCCUUUCCCCCUCCGGUCCCCAAGCCCCAACGGGAAGGCUGAGCCUAGGCCGCCGGAGGUUGGAGGGAAGGGGAAAAGGGAGAAGGGGAAGAAGCAGGGAGGAAAAGGGUGAGUCGAGAAGGGUGACUGGUCGAGGCCUAGGAGCGAAGCGCGCAGCCCGGCGGACGGACUGACGGACGCCCUCGAACUACUGCUGCCGCGGCUGCGGCGCCGGCGCGAGUCGCGUCGAAGCGGCGGCGGCAGCAGUGGAAACAGGAGGGGAGCAAUGGCGGCCGACAGCCGGGAGGAGAAAGAUGGAGAACUCAAUGUUCUAGAUGAUAUUUUGACUGAAGUACCAGAACAAGAUGAUGAACUGUAUAAUCCAGAGAGUGAACAAGAUAAAAAUGAGAAAAAGGGAUCAAAAAGAAAAAGUGAUCGAAUGGAAUCUACUGACACCAAGCGACAAAAGCCUUCUGUUCAUUCAAGACAGUUGAUUUCUAAGCCGUUGAGCUCAUCAGUUAGCAAUAACAAAAGAAUAGUUAGUACAAAAGGAAAGUCGGUCACAGAAUAUAAAAAUGAGGAAUAUCAAAGAUCUGAAAGAAACAAACGUCUAGAAGCUGAUCGGAAGAUCCGUUUGUCAAGCAGUGCCUCCAGAGAACCUUAUAAGAGUCAACCUGAAAAAACUUGUCUCCGGAAAAGGGAUCCUGAAAGGAGGGCCAAAUCUCCUACACCAGAUGGUUCUGAGAGAAUUGGGCUUGAAGUGGAUAGACGUGCAAGCAGAUCCAGCCAAUCUUCUAAGGAAGAAGUGAACUCUGAAGAAUAUGGCUCUGACCAUGAGACUGGCAGCAGUGGUUCUUCUGAUGAGCAAGGCAACAACACAGAGAAUGAGGAGGAAGGGGUGGAAGAUGUGGAGGAAGAUGAAGAGGUAGAGGAAGAUGCAGAGGAAGAUGAAGAGGUGGAUGAAGAUGGAGAGGAGGAGGAGGAGGAAGAGGAGGAGGAGGAGGAGGAGGAAGAAGAGGAGGAGGAGGAGGAAGAAGAAGAAUAUGAACAGGAUGAGAGAGACCAGAAGGAAGAGGGAAAUGAUUAUGACACUCGAAGUGAGGCUAGCGACUCUGAUUCUGAGUCUGUAUCCUUCACAGAUGGGUCUGUCAGAUCUGGUUCAGGCACAGAUGGAUCAGAUGAGAAAAAGAAGGAAAGGAAGAGAGCUAGAGGCAUAUCUCCAAUUGUUUUUGAUAGAAGUGGAAGCUCUGCAUCGGAGUCAUAUGCAGGUUCAGAAAAGAAGCAUGAGAAAUUAUCAUCUUCCGUUCGUGCUGUCCGAAAAGAUCAAACCAGUAAACUCAAAUAUGUCCUACAGGAUGCAAGAUUUUUUCUCAUAAAAAGUAAUAACCAUGAGAAUGUCUCUCUUGCCAAAGCUAAGGGUGUGUGGUCCACACUGCCUGUAAAUGAGAAGAAAUUAAAUGCUGCAUUCAGAUCUGCAAGGAGUGUUAUCUUAAUAUUUUCUGUCAGAGAAAGUGGAAAAUUUCAAGGAUUUGCAAGACUUUCCUCAGAAUCACAUCAUGGUGGAUCUCCUAUACAUUGGGUACUUCCAGCAGGAAUGAAUGCUAAAAUGCUGGGAGGUGUCUUUAAAAUUGACUGGAUUUGCAGGCGUGAAUUACCCUUCACUAAGUCGGCUCAUCUCACCAAUCCUUGGAAUGAACAUAAACCAGUAAAGAUUGGGCGUGAUGGACAGGAAAUUGAACUCGAAUGUGGAACCCAGCUUUGUCUUCUAUUUCCCCCCGAUGAAAGUAUUGACUUAUAUCAGGUCAUUCAUAAAAUGCGUCACAAGAGAAGAAUGCAUUCUCAGCCCCGAUCAAGAGGACGUCCAUCCCGUCGAGAACCAGUCCGGGAUGUGGGAAGGCGUCGACCAGAAGAUUAUGAUAUUCAUAACAGCAGAAAGAAACCAAGGAUUGACUAUGCCCCUGAGUUUCACCAGAGACCAGGGUAUUUAAAGGAUCCACGAUACCAGGAAGUAGACAGUUUCACAAAUCUUAUUCCCAACAGACGAUUUUCAGGAGUUCGCCGAGAUGUAUUUUUAAAUGGGUCCUACAAUGAUUAUGUGAGGGAAUUUCAUAACAUGGGACCACCACCACCUUGGCAAGGAAUGGCUCCUUAUCCUGGAAUGGAACAACCUCCACACCAUCCUUACUAUCAGCACCAUGCUCCACCUCCUCAAGCUCAUCCUCCUUACUCAGGACAUCAUCCAGUACCACACGAAGCAAGAUACAGAGAUAAACGAGUACAUGAUUAUGAUAUGAGGGUGGAUGAUUUCCUUCGUCGCACACAAGCUGUUGUCAGUGGUCGGAGAAGUAGACCCCGUGAAAGAGAUCGGGAACGAGAGCGAGACCGCCCUAGAGAUAACAGAAGAGACAGAGAGCGAGAUAGAGGACGUGAUAGAGAGAGAGAGAGAGAGCGAUUAUGUGAUCGGGACAGAGACCGAGGGGAGAGAGGUCGAUAUAGAAGAUAAUGCGCUUUUGGAAGCACUGAUUGUUUAAAGAUAAAAAAUCUUGUAUUUUUUUUUGUGUGUGUUUACAAGUAGUAAAUUUAUUUUCAGCUGUCUACUUAACGUUCAUUGUGUAGAAGGAUUUAUUAUGACCCUUUUUGUUCCAAGCAUGCAGUAUAUUAAGAACUGGAAAAACUCAAAUCCUCCAAAAAUGCAAUUGACAGUUUGAGUUGACCUUUUUAUUGGGGCAGAAUGGAACAGUCCAAGAAUGUAGAUAUUGAUUCAUUCUCCUUAAAUGUUUAUCUACUUAUAGUAUGUUCAUCCUAGUUAUUUUUUGUUUUCUUUCUUCCCUUUGGAUCUUGAUUGAUGACUACCAUUAUAUUUUGCUUCGAUGUGUUUCUAAAUAUAGUUGCACACGGUUCUGUAAAAAAUGCUGCUAUCAAGUAUGCAAAUAUUGAAGUAUGAUGGUUUGACUGUAUGGCAGUGUUGUAGCAGCCUCUUGGUUUCUCCCUCCCUCUUUUUUUUAAUCUUAAAAAGUCACUUUUUAUUUUUCUUCAGUCUUCAAUGAUGAGAGCAAUAUGAAGAAGACAUUGCUAUCUAAUUUUUAAUCUUUUUAAAUAAAAAAUUCCUAUGUUCAGUAGCAUGGUUGAUGCUAUUGUUUAGCCUUCCCCUCCAAACUGUAUACAUUGGCUUGGAAUGUUCACAACUUGCGUGUGUGGCAGCAGAAGAUAAUUCCCGUAUUCUACAUUGCUACUGUUUUGUAUAAAAUAAAUUGGUAAAGAUUGACACUUA